CAACGACUCAACUCAACAAAAUAAUAUUAAUAUGAUUACACGUGUUUUUCUUAUCAUAUUUCUCGUUAGUCCAGUAAUGCUGAAACCACGAUACGUAGAACUAGACGAAGAAGAGCAACAACUGUUUCGUGCGGCGUUCGAUACGCCCUCCUACGACCACGAUGAAUACCAGGAAGAUGAAAACAUGCAACUCGGAAAACUAGACCUUCUAAAAGAUGGCCUGUGGGCCAUAAAAGCGAAGAUAAAGGAACUGAAGGCGUUUAAUAAAGCUUUGGCGGCAAAUUUAUUAUCAACAAAAUUAAAAGUUAAAGAGCUCCUUGCCCAACAUUCACAUGGGAAAAAGCAUCAACAUGAAACACCUGAAAAGAAGAAAGUCAUCCAUAAUUAUCAGCCUCUUCCGAUGUAUGAGCCGCCAAUACCACAGAACGAUGAGCAUCAUUAUCAGCAUGAUCCUUACUAUGGAUAUUAAUUUAGGUCAAAAUUAUGUAAUAUUAAUACAAAGUUCUCUUAAUUAAUUUUUGUAUUGAAAAUUAAUUAUUGUAGCGAGUUAUUUAUUUCUUUAUAGAUCAGAUCCUAAAAAUAUUUAAUAACUUGUAAUUGUGAUUGUUUUAUCAAUUAAGUAUUCUAAUCAAAAGUAUUUCAAUUA